AAAAAGAAAAGAAAAGGAAGGAGUAAAAAGUGGGAAGGUGUUGCGCCUUACGCGUCUUGGAAGCGGAUCACCUAACACAUGAAGUCGACAGAUGAGCAGCUGCUAUCUUGAUCAUCUCCUCCUCCUGCCAACCAUUAACGCUGGAUGUCAUCCUCUCCCUUCCUUCCAAGCUACUUCCUUCAAUCCCCAUAUAUAUUCACAUCAACAAACUCUCGAUCAAAUUUUUACAAGAAAACAUGGGCAGAGAUAUCGAGAGCAACAAAAACACCACCAGAGGUUCGAGUUAUUACACCUCAUCAUCCCCAUACCACACUGAAUCCUCAGACAAACAAUGGACUUCAUGGCUUGUUCCAAUGUUUGUUGUCGCAAAUGUUGCAAUGUUCUUUAUCAUCAUGAUUGUUAAUAACUGCCCCAAGAACCAUAAUCCAAACAUUGAUGGCAAGUGUGUUGCCAAGUUUCUUGGUAGACUCUCUUUUCAACCGCUUAAAGAAAAUCCACUUUUUGGCCCUUCUUCCUCUACAUUGGAAAAAUUGGGAGCUCUAGAGUGGGAUAAGGUAGUGAAUGAUCAUCAAGCAUGGAGACUAGUCUCUUGUAUUUUUUUGCAUGCGGGAGUGGUUCACUUGCUUGCCAACAUGUUGAGCUUGGUUUUCAUUGGGAUUCGCCUUGAGCAACAGUUUGGCUUUAUUCGCGUAGGGAUCCUUUACAUGUUAUCUGGGAUUGGUGGGAGCAUACUUUCUGCACUUUUCAUAACAAGCAACAUAUCAGUUGGAGCUUCAGGUGCCCUAUUUGGGCUUCUUGGAGCAAUGUUGUCAGAGCUUCUUACCAAUUGGACCAUUUACGCUAAUAAGGCUGCAGCAUUGUUUACUCUUGUGAUCAUCAUUUUGGUGAACUUGGCUGUCGGGAUGUUGCCUCAUGUUGAUAACUUUGCACAUAUUGGAGGUUUCAUAACGGGUUUUCUCCUUGGAUUUGUACUGCUUCUUCGUCCCCAGUUUGCUUGGCAAGAACGCCGCCAUCUUCCGGCUGAAGCUCGCAGCGCAUCGAAGUACACGGUCUAUCAAUAUGUCUUUUGGCUUCUAUCUGUGAUAUUCUUGGUUGUUGGAUUUACGGUUGGGCUCGUGAUGCUUUUUAAAGGAGAAAAUGGUAACAAGCACUGUAGCUGGUGCCAUUACCUGACUUGUAUACCUACUUCGAGAUGGCGUUGUGAUAACCAAUGAAAGACUUUAUUGUGUUUGUAAUUGGAUGAUAUAGAUUGUUGAUACAUAUGAAGACUUCUAUCUCUCUCGAGUCUUGACCUUACUCUUAUUUUUGAUUGUGUAAAUUCAUUCUUUUUAUAUAUAUGUUUUUUAUUUUGAUGCAUAGUUAGGAUAUAUUAUUUGGUUGUACAUGUAAUACACUAACAUAUAUGAAGUUAUAGUUACUGUUGAUUUCAGUAAGUAAUUUUGAUACUUGACAGAAUGUUAAUUUAAAAGUACAAGUGAAUCAUA